AUGACGCGUUCGCCUCGUGGUCCAUCACUUACCGUAAAACAGGGUGCAGGGUUUCUAGGAUCGAACCUGAUCGACUUUCUCCUCUCCAAAGGUCAUCGUGUCAUAGCAAUGGAUAGCUUCGAAACUAGCUCUCCUAACAAUCUUAGACACUUGGAGAACCACGCUCGGUUCACUCUGAUCAGUCAUAACAUUCAAUCUCCUAUCAAAGAACUAUGUGAAAUCGAUCAAAUCUACAACCUUGCGUGUCCAGCGAGUCCGAUACAAUACCAGAAAAAUCCAUUAGGAACCCUUAAAACUUGCUUUCUUGGCACUGAGAAUCUCUUGGAGCUUGCAAAAUGCAGAGGAAUUCGGAUUCUACAUACAAGCACAUCAGAGGUUUACGGCGAUGCUCAAGUUCACCCACAACCUGAAACCUACUGGGGCAAUGUCAAUCCCUUCGGACCCCGCUCAUGCUACGAUGAAGGAAAGCGAGUUGCAGAAGCUCUGUGUUACGCGUAUCGCGAGCAGUUUGGGGCGGAUAUUAGGAUAGCCCGCAUCUUCAACACCUAUGGACCACGAAUGGGCUCUGGUGAUGGCCGGGUAGUUUCGAGCUUUGUUGCUUCUGCGCUGGCCGGCCAAGAUAUACGGGUUACUGGCGAUGGUUCCGCGACCCGGUCAUUUCAGUUCGUUACAGAUUGCAUCGAAGGACUUUAUACGCUGAUGAACAGCGCUUACAGCGACGGCCCAGUGAACAUUGGUAAUGAUGCAGAAAUCACUAUCCAAAAGCUGGCCGAGAUAAUAGUGGAACUUGUCGCCCAGGUGACAGGCAAGGAAAAAGUAUCAAUCACCUAUUUCCCACGCCCUGUCGAUGAGAGCCACGUCCGGCGGCCACAGAUCACUUUAGCGAUGGCUGAGCUUGGUUGGGCGCCAGUGGUACAAUUAGAAUGUGGAUUGCGGAAAACAAUCGAGUGGCAUAUGCAUGAGACCUGA